AUGGUUGGAUUUUUUUCUACGGCUGAAGAAGUGGCAGAAGAACAUGUGAUCGAAGUUGAUGGUCCUCAGCGGGCACCCAAAAAAAGCGGGAUUCCGGAAACAGGGUUUUACAAAGGAGACAAAUCGUCGCUAUUUCCGAACAAGUUGCACGGCACUAACGAGGAACAGUGCGAUACACUAACGUCUUUUUUUGUUCGUAGAUCCGUGUACUUUGCCUUCUUUGGUAAGCUCGAUCGCAUCGAGCACGAGAGGCCAGAACGAGAGAGGCUUGCAAGGGAAGAACAGGAGAGGCCAAGUUCGAGAUGUAACUACCUUGGCCUCUGCUUUAAACUUGGAAACAACGACGCGGCAGAGAUUGAAAUACACUUCACAGUCAAGGAGCGAGGAAAUGCGAGAUCAGCAGGAAGUCUUUGGGUUGAUCCGUCCGACACAGAGAAAUUACAGCGAGUUGUGAGGAAGUAUAUGAGGAAGAGGACAAAUGUAUGCGACAAGAACGGGCGGCUAAUAAAGAUUCGAAAACGUUUUGAGGACGCUAUUGCAGACGGGGAAAAUACGUUAUACCUGAUCCCGACACAGGAGUAUGGUAAUGCCGAGUUUUCAUCGAUAUCCAGAAGCGUCUCUGAUCCGCAGCCCAAUUCUACCAGCCGAACUAACGUAGCUUCAAAUGCGGAAAGCGGUAAGGAAGACCUAGAAAGUGGUAGCAAAAAGAAACGUGCAACGAUCACUUCGCCAAUUCCUGUUGAAGACCCACUACAAUUAUAA